UGACAAUUUUUUUUUUCGAGGAGUGACAAUUGUACUAGCUGGGAUAUACAUGUACCAUAGAAGUAGUUGCCAAAAAUAUUAUCUGGACAAUAAAAUUUGCAUAUGCAGAGUUGUUAAAAUCUGUUUUGUUUAUAAUUAAGCUCAUUAAGAUCAAUGGAGAACACAAAGGCGAAGUUUUAUAAAUGAUGUGUAACAAACUGUGUCGUUAAAGCCAACCGAUUUUUAGAAUUUAAUUUUCAAGUCAAUGGCACAUAAAUGUUUGAAUAUGAGACGAAAUGUAAACGAUCUGAAAGAAACUCGUUUUCUUUUCGGCUACUUUUAAAAUUCUAUUAAUUGAUUCAUAAAAUCAAUAUCUAGAGAACACAAAAUUUGUCAAGGACAUUAUUAUUGCAUAUUUUAAAUAAAGUGUUAAGGAUAGAAAGCUCGUGAAAUAUUGAAGCACAGCAUAAUGAUUUUUCAGCAGAGAAAUAUUACCUAAUUUGAAGUAAUCGUCAGUAUGGGAUGCUGUGGGUAUGUUUGUAGAGGAAUGAAGUAGUCUUUCUUUGUGUUUCCUUAUGGAAGUUUUUGUUUAGUUUCUGUUUUAUUUAUGACUCAAAACUUUAUUUUGGAUCUUUAAUGUGAACUGAAGAAUGUGUUAUGUUCAAACUGGAUUUGUUUAAGCCAGAUCCAUCAGAAAAGUAUAAAAUGGGUUGUGGAUCUAGUUACGAUGCCUCAGACGGCCCUAGAACGGUGGUUGUCUUUGGCGCCACCGGGAUCCUAGGUGGCGCUAUUGCCAAACGAUUGCUCCAGGAACCAUUCCUGUACAAAGUUCGGUGUGUGACCCGGCGGUCUUCCAGCGAUAAAGCCCGACAGUUAGCAGAGCAUGGAGCAGUGAUUGUUAACGCAGAUCUCGGGGAGACCAAAAGUCUGGAGAAGGCCUUAGAGGGAGCCGAUAUCAUGUUCUUAACUACCCACUAUUGGGAGGAUAGAAAUAAGGAAAAGGAAGUUAUAAAGGGACUUAAUGCCAUUGACGCAGCAAUACAGUGUGGUGUAAAACAUAUCAUAUUUAACGGUUCAGAAAACGUCAAGAAAAUUAUAGGAAAAGAAUGCAAUCACCUUGACUCCAAAUCAGCAAUAGAGGAAUAUAUACGAGAAGUAGACAAUCCUUCGGAGGACGUCACGGGUUUAAAUCACGUGAUGCCUGGAAUAAAUUUUACUAUACUGCGUCUCCCUUUCUGGUUUGAAAAUUUUUACACAGUCUUCAAGCCACAUAAACUGAAACAUGCAGUUUACGCUGUCGCCUUACCGCUAGAGGGCGCUGAACUGGACAUGAUGUCUGUUGAUGACGUAGGUGAAGUUAUCGUAUCGAUCCUCAGAAGACCAAAGCAGUAUUAUGGAAAAACAUUGAACCUAUCUGUAGAAAAACUUUCUAUGGAAGAUAUAGUCGAUACAUUUAACAGACAUUUCGAUAACAGGAAAUUUACAGAUCCAAAGAUUAGAGUAAAAGACAUGGAAAAAUUUCAGUUUCCCGGCGCCAAGGAUUUGGCUGCAAUGUUUGAAUUUUAUCAGGGUGGACAUGCUAUUAGAGACGUCAGAUUGACCAGAAAAUUAAAUCCACAUGCAUUAACUUUUGACAGGUGGUUGUCUGAAAACAGGGACAAGGUGGAGGAAGCUUUACGUGAAUCUAAUUAGAGAUUUAAAAUUCAUUUUUGCAAUUAAAACCAAAACAAAAAGUCAAAUGUGGGCUGAGCAGCUGACUUGAACAACAGAAAUGAAUAUUUAAAUUUUGAAGAAUGACGUCAGAAAUUAUUCAGGGCCGUUAGGUUUUCACAAAGGUCGUGGGUGAAGGGAGGUGUUUUUUAAAUCUUCAAAUUUUUUGUAAGUUUAAUUGCCUAUUUGAUGGGUUUCGGUUCACUUGGAAGUUGUAAUUUUCCCCCAAAAAUUCAAUUAAAUCAAACAACAUCCCUUCAAAUAGAUGAUUAUUACUUCAGUUUUUUUCUUUCGACUUUUUAUUGAAGGAGAAAAUGAUCCCACAGUUAGGUCUGCUUCUGACGGUCUUUUAAUUUAUUAUUGUACACUAGUCAUCUAUUACAUUGUAACCAUUUACAGAAGUGACAAAUAUGAUGACGUACAGUGAUAUUAUAUUUGUUUAUUAUUUUAAAAGAUAUGCAUUUAAACAUGUACAUUUUUAUUAUAUAUUACAACCAAUCAAUUUUACUUCAGCCAUGAUAGAUACUGUAAUUAUGCAAUACUCAUUUUAUCAUUUUUCUGCCAAA